AUGACGUCGAAGAUGUUGGGGGAGAUAAGGGAGAGGUACUGUGUACCUCAUUAUGUGGAGAUGUUGGUGCCCACGGCCCAUGAGCGAGCCUGUUAUCCGAGGCCUGGGUGUGUGGCGGUGAGCGAAUACUUGUUUAAGGCCGAUAGCAGUACGAGGUUCGAGCUGAGCAGUGAGGAGUUUGAAGUGAUAGAGGACAUUUACAAGAGACCUCUGAAGCUUCGCCACUUCAAUCGCGUCAUCGACAGAAGUCGCUAUUUCCUCAACUUUGAACCGAUGGCCUCCAGGGAUAAGUUUAAGAGGAAGGAGUACCCAGCUCCUGACAUGGAUUCCAUACUGAGGGCAACUUCCACUAUGAUGGCGAGGCCCCUGAAGCCGAGGUCAAGUGGCGCCAAGGAGGUCCGAGGCAGAUUUGAACGUCUCUCCAAGGACAGCACCUCGCGUGCUUCCGAAGAGGGGACCCCCCAGAGGUCAGAAAAGCCCAAGGAGCCUCGGGGGAAGGAGAAAGUCCUUGAGGAGCCAAAGAAAAGGAAGCUAGUGCAUGUUUCAAGCUCGUCUAGCAAGUUUGGGACUUCUAUGUCCCAUGAAGGCAAAGAAGCCAGGCAGCCAACGCUACUGGAAGUCGCCUCGAAAGCGGUUAAGAUUGAAAUGGUAAAGCGCACCGAGACUGAAGAGGCGAGGGAGGAGGCUGCAAGGAGAGAAGCUGAGGUGGCCGAGGAGGAGGCUGCUAGACAAAGGGAGGCUCUCACUGACUUCCAGACGAGGACCAUCGCCUCAGAGAGGAAGACAGCCUCCCUUGUAGAGGAGCUGAAGGCACCUAGGGCCGAGGCUGAGGUAUCUAGGGCCCAAAAACUUGAAGAAUCGGCCAAGUUGAAGUCUGCCUUGGCCCAGAUAGAGGCAUUGAAGAGGGAGGUACAUGAGUUCCAGUGUGAGGUUGCCUUUUUGACUAAGAAGGUGGAGGUUUGGCAGGGGCCCAAGAUUCAUACAAGUAUAUCAAGGGCCAAAUUAAGUGUGAUGGAGCGGGCUGAGGAGUUGUAUCCCAAUCAGGAUCUGUCGCAACUCAGGUCGGAGUUUGUGGACGAAGUGCCUCAAACCCCAGCUAAUGAAGUGGUGGGAGAUGAGGUAAUAGAGGCCGAAGAAGCAAUGUCUGAUGCUCAAGCUUAG